AUUGCGCUGGUGUACUACGUCAUCAAUACUGUCCUAGAUCCUCGAUAGCGUGCAUGGAUACUGACCGGCCCACUUCUUACGGGACACAAACGCUGUUGGCGUGUUAAAUCGACAAGAUGGCCGCAGUGGCCGCACAACAGUCCUCCGAUGUCCACGCUGCGUAUAAGCCCCGCCGGACACAGGCCAUGCCCAAGAACUCGCUGUUUGGAACGUCCCUUGAGAUGAGGGAUGGGGAGGAGCAGCAUCAACAGGUGGCUGAAGCCGUCACUCCAUACGUCAGCGUCCGUCAAGAUAACGAUAUCCUUCGCCACAAGCGUGCUGACUUUGAACACCAGAAAGGUGUCGUCCGGAAGAGUCAGAGUGACCUGAAGUCUGCUGAAGACAAGGCCCUGACGUUUAGCCCUGACCCCCGAACUACAGGCACAGGUUCCAUGACGUCAGGUUCCAAAAAUGGUCAAAUGGACAAGGCGCACCAGUGGUUCACGCAGAAGGAUAUAGAGCACGCCAAAGACAUGAAUGUGGGAGGUCUCACUGCUACCGGAAGUUACAAUCGGGACAAAUAUGGCCGAAAACCUAAAGUGCAUUCUUAUAGCCAAAUGGGGGACAUUCUGUAUCCAGGGAUGGAAUUCACUCCCCGGCAAGGCAAUGACGUAAAUCAGAACGGCAAUUUUAGCAAAAAGAAAUCUCAGCCAAGUACCAACAUCACGAACGACCUUGAAGAGCAGACGACUGCAGGUCAAUCAGCUCCCCGCAGUGUCAUAGCGAUUCCUGCCAAUAUCCGGCACAAGUACGGCAGUAGUGUAUGCGAUGCCCUCUUCUCAGACGAAGUCACUGUGGCGGACAGCAUAGCUCGACAGGAGAAGCUGGAGGCUCCUGUUCAAAAUCGGCGUCCUGUGCAAGCGGGAGUGUUCAAGAAGAAUGACAACCCCGAGUAUGAUCUUCUCAGCAAUGCCACCCGACAGAACGUCUUCCCUGGUUACACUUCCGGGCAUAAAAUAAGUACCACGAAAACUGUGUACAAUGAUAAAAUUUUCUCUGAGCGAUACCAAGAUCCAGAGGAAUACCGAUACCAAAGGGACGAACUCAGUACUUGGGCAGAACACAAUGUCUUGCGACAGCGCAUGGGAAAACAGUGGGAUGAGUAUUUAACCAGUUUACCCAAGGCAGCUGUAAACUGGGAUCGGAGUGCCACGCGACCCGUUCCUGUUAAACCUGCAGCACAAAAACUAAAACCUAAACCAAAGCCUAAAAAUAAAACGAAACCGGAAUCAGCUGUUGAGAAGCCUGCCACGCCCUUAGAAAUAAUAGAGUUUAAGACCCCUCCUAUAACCCCACCCCCGGCACCGGCACCUGCACCCAUGCCAGAAAAGUUUCAAAAGGACGACGACUUUUGGAAUUUUUUUGAUCAGCCGGUGCCUACGUGAUGGUUUGUUUUAGUUUUAUAACUACCAGGGGUAAUUGUAAUUAUAUUUCCAGUUACUGUUUCACAUUUUAUAACUAUCAAGGGUAAUUUUAAUUAAAUUUCCUUUUACUAUUUCACUGUGGCUUGUCUUCUCCGGGUAUAUUGUUUAUUGAUAUUAAAUUGUAUAAGAUUGUUUCAUGUACUUGUUGGAAAUUUAUUAUUUUUAAUGUUACAUAGCAUCGAGAGAGCUCAGCCUCAAAUUACCAGCAAUUACCAAAAGAGCAUUACGUUUUCUUUCGUUAUAUUUUCCACUUUCCAGGAUAGAUAUAAUGGCCAAUGUUAGUAGAUUUUACUUUGUAUUACUUUUGUUACCACGUUUUUACUGUACAAAAAUAUGUAUAUCUACGCCAAAACAAUGUACAGUAAACUACGGUUAUAACGAACUCAAAGGGACUACUAAUUUUAGUUCGUUAUAACCGUAUUUCGUUAUAAGCAUAUAUACAGUAUAACUACAGCAUAUAGUCGGGACUAAAAAGUUAGUUCGUUAUAUCCGUUAGUUCGUUAUAAGCGUGUUCGUUAUAACCGUAGUUUACUGUAUUUAUGCACCAUGCAGUAUUAAGUGUAUCGUGUAAGUGUACAGGGCAUGUAUCAGUGUUAGUAUGGUUUCUUUUUGUAGAUCUCAGUUGUACGUUUAUAUGGAGUAUUAUAUUAUAUGUACCAUGCAUUUUUCUGUAUCAAUUUAUACGUUUUACUCUUGCUUCACUCUUUGUGUCUGGUGUUCUCCUGCUUCAUCGUCAUCACCACCGCAACACGCAGUUGUCUACCUUUUAUUAACUUGCAGAUAUGAAAGGUUAUAUUUAUGUUCUUGUUUAUAUGAGGCAAGAGUAAUUGUGAUUCCGAGCAUUUUCAUGAGGAAGAGUAUAGAUCGUAGGUUCUCGUUGAGUUUCGUUUUCAAACAUGUCCCUAUGCGUUUUGAGUACCGUCAUAUUUAAUCUUUGAACAUGUCCCCAUUGUCUUUGAACGUUUCCCGUCAGUCUAUUAAUUCGUCCCCAUUAGUCUUUAAUAUUAUCCUCAUACCUGUUGGCCCUUAAUAUCGCCCUUUUUUGUCUUAAAUCUCGGAACUCUUGGUCUCUAAUAUCGCCCUCUUCUGACUUAGAUCUAGUAGCUGUUGGCCUUUAAAUAUCGCUCUCUUUUCUCUUUAUCUCGUACCUGUUGGUCUUUAAUAUCGUUACGGCGAGAUCCCGCCAUUGACACUUACACAGAUCUGCAUGUAAUGCUUGCUGCGUAACCUGAGAUGCUCUGGUUAUAUUAAGAAGUAUUUAUUUUCAUCACAUGAAUAAUACCGUGUGAUGUGAGAACACGUUUAGCCCUCAUGACACAUAUAGUUCUGACGUUUUACAUACAAAAUGUUGUGGAAGAUGACCAUAGACGAAUCAAAGAGUGUCUACUAAUUAUUGUGUAUUCAACAUAUCUUCAUCGUAUUACCAAGCAAUCCGUGUCUUCGAUGCUGAUACAAGGAAAAUUCCAUGUAACAAAAAAGCCUUAUCAUUACCAGUUUGUAAGAAAAUAAAUACAAAAUCAUAUUGAGA